UUAGCCGCCUUAUAGUAGGAAUAACGUUGAAGCGGUUGCUACAGGCGGAACAACGUAGGUUGGCGGAGGGUCAGCGAUCGCCCUUGACUUUCCCCUCCGCCCCGCGCGACCUUGUUGUGGGAGAAGAUGGUGGAUCAGUGAGCCGGCACUUUUAGGCUUCCUGAAAGGGAGUGAGAUGACGUAGCCUUGUGAGGAUUUAUCAGCUAAGCAGAAAAUGAGCUUAACAUCCUGGUUUUUGGUGAGCAGUGGAGGCACCCGUCACAGACUGCCACGAGAGAUGAUUUUUGUUGGACGAGAUGACUGUGAGCUGAUGUUGCAGUCACGUAGUGUGGAUAAGCAACAUGCUGUUAUCAAUUAUGACGCCUCUGCUGAUGAACACUUGGUGAAAGAUUUAGGCAGUCUAAAUGGGACUUUCGUGAAUGAUGUGCGGAUUCCAGAACAGACAUACAUCAUCCUAAAACUUGAUGAUAAACUGAGAUUUGGAUAUGAUACCAAUCUUUUCACUGUAGUUAGAGGAGAGCUGAGAGUGCCUGAAGAAGCACUUAAGCAUGAGAAGUUUACUAGUCAGCUACAAUUAUCUCAGAAAUCCUCAGAGGUAGACGGUGCAAAACUAAGCAGUGGCAAAACUGCAGAACCAAGAGUACAAGACAGCACUGUUGAAAUUCAUCACAAAGCAAUUGAUGCUCUCAAGUCAGAAGAAAAAUCAGCAGAUCUUUCUGGAGUGCCUCGAGGUACACCAUUAUAUGGGCAGCCAUCUUGGUGGGGUGAUGAUGAGACUGAAGAGCAGAAUGGCUGUAGACAAGAUGGUAAACCUGAAGAGAAAGCACAAGAAAUAGUAGUUUUAGGAGGCAGCACAGAUGGCAAGCAAGCUGAGGAGCAAUCUGCAGCUGCAACUGGAGAAGAAUCUUAUCCUUUUUGUAGGGAACCAAGUUAUUUUGAAAUCCCUACAAAGGAAGCCCAGCAACAUUCACAAACACCUGAGGGUACUAUUCAUGAGAUCCCAACAAAAGAUACACACAUAGCAGGGGCGGGGCAUGCUUCAUUUACUAUUGAAUUUGAUAACAGCACCCCAGGAAAAGUAACCAUCAAAGAUCAUGUCACAAAAUUCACUCCAGAUCAGCGUCCCAAGCCUAAGAAGUCUCCUUCUGGUGCUCAGGAUCUCUCUGGGCUUCAAACUGUGAUGAUGGCACCGGAAAGUAAAGUGGCAAACUGGUUAGCACAAAACAAUCCCCCAACAAUGAUGUGGGAAGCAUCAGAAGAAGACUCAAAAAGUAUUAAGAGUGAUGUUCCAGUCUACUUGAAGAGACUGAAAGGAAAUAAACAUGAUGAUGGAACACAGAGUGAUUCAGAAAAUGUUGGGGCACACAAGCUCUACAGUAAACGUGCUGCACUUGAAGAUCAUUUAAAGCAUCAUUAUACUGAACAGAAAAAAUUACAUUCAAAAGCUCUGAAUGUAGAGAAACAUUCUAAUCAACCUGUUUUAAGUCAGACUGCCUUUAUGAUUGAGUUCUUUGAUGAAGGCCAUCCCCGGAAGAGGCGAUCGUAUUCUUUUUCUCAAAAUAUAGGAGGUUUGUGCCCUGAAACACCUUCUCCAGCUUCCCUUGCAAAAACUGAAAAAGUGAAACCUCCCCCAUCAUCAGCACAGAACAACUCCGCCCAGCACAGGGCAGUGCAUGCAAAACUUCUCAAGCAAAAAUCAGAAGAGCCUUCUGCUGCACUACCUUUCUUACAAAGUGCAUUGCUAAGAAGUUCAGGAAGCCUUGGGCAUAGACCAAGUCCAAACGAGGACAUGGAGAAGAAGCUAAAAACUCAGCUUGUUUCAGUGAAUCUUGAAAAGGAUGAUGAUGACCAAAGUGAUAAAGGUACUUACACUAUUGAACUGGAAAAUCCUAAUGCAGAGGAGAUGGAAGCACGCAAGAUGAUUGAUAAGGUUUUUGGAGUGGAUGACAGCCAGGAUUAUAAUAGGCCUGUUAUCAACGAAAGCCAGAAAGAUUUAGUAAAAGAUUGGGCUAUUAAUUCUGCUACAAUAGUGCUUGAAGAAAAAAGACUACUGAGUACAACUGGAUUUCUUGACACAGAGGAAAGCACAGGCACAUCUGGAAGCAAGCGCUGGGUGUCACAGUGGGCUAGUCUGGCUGCUAAUCAUACAAAACAUGAAGAAAAUGAAGUACGGAUGGAGUCAUCUGCACUUGUUCAUCUAGAAAAUGACACUGACAUCAAUGAAUCUGGCCUGUCAAUUAGAAGUUCUGGCUCAAUUACCUCUUUAACCAGCCUAGAUAGAAAAAGAAGGACACUCCCCCAGUUGCCAAAGGAGGAAAUUGCUGUUAUCGAAGGACAAAAAACAAAAGUUACAGCCCAUCACAGAUCAGAGAUAGGUGAAAAACAGGACACAGAACUUCAAGAGAAAGAAACCCCAACUCAUUCUCAAAAAGAAAUAGGACACGCCACUGAUAAAAGCCUGACUAAAGUGAGCAGGACAAUAAAUGGCCUUUCUCCUAAAGCAGAUAAGACGGCUUUUCAUUCCAGUAGUUGCCUCUCUUCUGAAAAAGAGAAAAAUGAAAAUGGCAAAGAAACAUCUAUGGUAAAGCAAUCUUUAACUAAAAUUCAGCAAGAACAAAAUGAGCUGACACAUUGGAUCCCAGCUAAAUUAUCUUCUGCAAGAACUGUAAGCCAGGUUGAAAAAGGGAGAGAGGAAUCUUCUGUUUCCCACAAAUUGGAUAUGAAAGAAAAGGCAUUGGGGCGUGGUGCAGGUAAAAUAGAAGUUAAAGUGGCACAAACUGAAGGGAAAAGAAGGAAAGCCGAGGAAGCCAAAUUGCAACCAACUAAGGGACUUAGUGGAGAUAAGAAGGAAGCCUCAAAGCCAUUAGUAAGACAAGGCAGCUUUACUAUAGAUAAACCAAGUGCAAAUAUACCCAUAGAAUUAAUUCCUCAUAUUAAUAAACAAGGAACUACUCCAUCAAUUUCUUUAACAUCCGCCAACAGAGCAAGUGAGAAAAGUGAUUCAGUGGAAACAGAUCCUGGUCUAGAUACAACUCUUAUUUUAAAAGAUACAGAAGCUGUAAUGGCUUUUCUUGAGGCAAAGCUGCGUGAAGAAAAUAAAACAGAUGAAGGACCUGACACUCCCAGCUACAAUAGAGACAAUUCCAUUUCACCUGAAUCAGAUGUGGAUACUGCUAGUACAAUUAGUUUAGUUACCGGAGACAGUGAAAGAAAAACUACUCAGAAACGUAAAAGCUUUACUACCCUCUAUAAAGAUCGAUGUUCAACUAGUUCUCCCUCAAAAGAUAUUUUAAAGUCAUCUUGUUCAAAUGCCAGUGACAAAAUGGAGAAGAAAACAAAAGGCCGGUCCUCAGAAGCUAGUUCAAGGGGUGAUGCACGCAAGAUUGCACAGAGUAGUGGAAGAAUAAGGCAGCCCUCAGUAGAUUUAACAGAUGAUGAUCAAACUUCUAGUGUACCUCAUUCUGCUAUUUCUGAUAUUUUAUCUUCUGACCAGGAAACAUGUUCUGGCAAAUCACACGGAAGGACUCCUUUUACCUCAGCAGAUGAACAUUUGCAUUCCAAAACGGAAGGAAUUAAAUUAGCUAAGUUGAAAUCUUCUUCACCAUCAACUGGGCAAGUCAGUAAGUCAGUCACUCUUCCAAGGCCUCGCCCUACAAGGACUUCACUGUUACGGAGAGCACGGCUUGGUGAAGUGUCAGAUAGUGAACUUGCAGAUGCAGAUAAAGCAUCAGUUGCUUCUGAGGUAUCGACUACAAGUUCUACAUCUAAGCCUCCAUCAGGAAGGAGAAAUAUUUCAAGAAUUGACCUGCUUGCCCAACCACGGAGAAAUAGACUUGGUUCUUUAUCGGCACGAAGUGACUCUGAAGCAACAGUAACUAGAAGCUCUACAUCUCGUACUUCAGACACCAUAAUUAGAAGUGGCAUUAGACUAACACCACCAGCAGACAGUACUAAAGUUUCUCCUAGAAUUAGAGCUAACAGCAUUUCUCGCCUAUCAGAUUCCAAAUCCAAAUCUCUGUCUUCAGCUCAUAACUCUCCAUCAGUAAAUUCAAGAUGGAGGCGCUUUCCUACUGAUUAUGCUUCCACCUCAGAAGAUGAAUUUGGAUCAAACCGUAAUUCUCCUAAACAUGCCCGUCUACGUACUUCUCCAGCCCUGAAAACUACUCGAGUGCAGAACAUUGGAACGCCAGUACAAAGUAGCAAUGCCAUCAAGCAUAGGAUAAAAGAACAGGAGGACUACAUUCGUGAUUGGACUGCUCAUCGAGAAGAAAUAGCAAGGAUCAGUCAAGAUUUGGCUCUCAUUGCCCGGGAAAUCAAUGAUGUAGCAGGAGAGAUCGAUUCAGUGACUUCAUCAGGCACAGCUCCUAGUACCACAGUAAGCACUGCUGCCACCACCCCUGGCUCUGCCAUAGACACUAGAGAAGAGGUAGGAGAUCUUCAUGGAGAAAUGCAUAAGCUCGUUGACCGUGUGUUUGAUGAAAGUCUAAACUUCAGGAAGAUUCCUCCAGUAGUAAAUGCUAAAACACCAGAUGGAAAUAUUCGGCCAAAUGAUCCCAAACCACAGGCAACAGAUGUACCUGAACCCCCCACAAUUACACGUCGCCGAACCUGGAGCAGAGAUGAAGUUAUGGGAGAUACCUUGCUGUUAUCCUCAGUCUUCCAGUUUUCUCGGAAGAUUCGGCAAUCUAUAGAUAAAACAGCUGGUAAAAUAAGAAUAUUAUUCAAGGACAAAGACCGGAAUUGGGAAGAUAUUGAAAAAAAACUACGAGCUGAAAGUGAUAUCCCAAUUGUGAAAACAUCAAGCAUGGAAAUCUCAUCAAUAUUGCAAGAAUUGAAAAGAGUGGAGAAACAACUGCAAGUGAUUAAUUCAAUGAUUGACCCUGAUGGAACAUUGGAUGCUUUAAGCAAUUUGGGACUUGCUGGUCCUAUCCAAGCAGCUCAUCCUAAGCAGAAAUCCACUCCCAUUUCUCAAAGUGCCCAUCCUCAGAUACAGCCCAACUGUCUGCCGGAAGCAAGGGCUGUACGGCCAGCCACUGCCUCUACUUCACGUGAACUUGGAACUGUUGAAUCCGAGCAUGAUUUCAGCAUACAUUUCAAUAGGUUCAAUCCAGAUGGAGAAGAAGAAGAUCCAACUUUGUGUAAAUGACAUGAAUGUGAUCAGUACUAUUAGUAUUGAAUGUGCAAAAUUCAUUAAGAGUCUUAGCAUCCUCUAAACAGUAAAACAAGGUUGGUAAAACUGUUAUUGCUUUGUUAUUACCAACUACUUUGUGAUAUUUUGGAUGUCACAAACCAUUUGACUCACUGAAGUAAACAAUGGUACCAAUGAAGAUGCACAGUUUAUGAUCAUUUUACGAGUUUCACAAACACUUGCUUUGAAUAUUUUCCUCCAUAGUUUAUUUUGUUUAAGUGGACUUAAACCAGCCAACCAUCCUUCAUUUUAAAAUUCUGAGUCUCCUAUGACAAGGUGAUCUUAAUUAAGCUUCUUGACUUAAAUUUGUAUAAAAUGAUCACUUAAGCUUGAUUUUGAAUAAAGGGAGCUAAUUAGGACAUUGCAUUUUAAUGAUAUCAUAAUAUAAAGAAAAGCAGACUUCAGAAUAACUAAUUCUUGUAUCCUGGAGAUUGCUUAAAGGUUUACAGGGCUCAAAUACUAUGUUUGCACUAAGAAUUUGCUGAGAGUGGAGAAUGAACAUAUCAGUAGGAACUAAUUAUGCUAUACUGUACUUUGGAAAAAGAUCAAAAUUGUCCUUUUUUAAAAAAACAAACUACCACUUUGAAAGUGGGGUAAGUCAACUUUCUAGGACGAUCCAUUUGACACUUGAGGAUCCUAUUCAAUAUGUCUUUUUGAUGUUAAUGAAAUUAAAUGUUAUAUAAUUUCUGUUCAGAUGUUUGGAACUACAAAACCAAUUUAAAUAUAUUGCUGUGUAUGUCUACUGCUUGAAAUUCUUUUUUAAUGCUUUGUUACCAAGACCAGACACAAAAUUCAUUGAUCAUGACUUGUGAAACUUUCUUCCAAAGUUUGGAGAUAGGGUAGUGAUAAUCUAAUCAUUAGAUUAACUCCAGGCAUACAAAUUAUAAAUGUUUUCCUGUAGAAUCUCUAGUAAAUCUGUCAUGUUUAUAAGAAUUUCUGGGAAAAAAUGCUAACAUAGACCUUUUGCUUAUACUGCUUAACAGCAAAUCUAUUAAAAUAUCACAUAUAGGCCUAUUUAUCUUUAAAAACUGUCCCAAUUUUAACAUUUGGAAAUAAUAAUUUAAAAAAAUUAACCAUAUUGUAUUUCCAGAACACUGUAAUUUCAAGAACGUCUGUUACAUGCAAUUAAUAACUGGAAAUUUCUUGUGUUUUUGCAUCAGUCUAUAUACUAAAAUUAAAAAUACAACUUUGAAGCUUCUAUAAACUAGUCUUUAAUAUCUCAGCAAUAAUCAUAUGUGUCGGUUGUUUAAAAAUACUCCUUUCCUGUACAGGAUUUUGGAACUGUAGAGGAUUUUGGAAGUCAUUGCAAAGCUUGGCCAAGUAAAUAUACGAAAAACUUUUUUGUAGUGAUAUAAAGAACCCAAUAAUCCUGUUGUAUAUUGGAUUACUUUUCUUGCUUGUUUGUUCGUUUGUUUGUUUGAAAAUUUAAAAUCUGCCUCUUGUCAAACUCUGUAUCCCACUCAGAGGUCAGGAAACAAUUGUUUACAGAUACCAUAGCAGUUUAAACUGAUAUAUGAUGAAAAUACAUAUAUUGAAAAUUUUGGCCAUCAUCAUUCCUUCCUUUUCAGUGCUUGGGAGAACCACAAACAUACAAGUAUGAGAAACUAGAAAAUAGCUAUAGAAAAAUUAAACCUCUUGACUCUUUAACACAAUUCUUUUUGUGUAUUCUUUUCCAGACAUUUACACAUUUUGUGUUCUGUAAUAUUUGCAUUUACAAUUUUCUUAUUUGUAUGGAUGCAUACUCCUUAUUUAUUUUUGUUACACUUAUUAUGUAUGAUGUUACAAGCAUUUACAGCUCCAUUUUUAAAUAAAGUGUUUCUGGAACUUUAUACAAUAAUCUG